CAUCAUUUGGGAGCUUCCCUGUUUCUUGAUAUUUGUUCAUGCAUUUGUUUUUCUUGGUUAAUUGUUUUAUCAAUUGUGUUGUAACCUUUUAGCUCUACCACAAAAUUUCAUCCUGUCCUCCUUUUCCUGGAAAUGUUGAAAGCAGAUUUUUGUUUGAGUGAAUGAAUUUUUAUGAGAUUGUUUUAUUUAUCUUGUGUAACUUAGCUUGCGAUACUUUGUUCUCUUCGGUCCUCCAAUCAUGCAAAUUUCGGGUGCAUGUUUUUAAGUUAAUUAUGAAUUAAGCAUGUUUGAAUUGGGGUGGUGGUGAUAGAACUGGACCAGAAACACAGAAGAAAAUGGUAUUUCUCUUGUAGUUGUGCUCCAUUCUUCUCUAUCUCUAUGAUUGAAUAAGGUCCAUAAAAUCUUGAACUCAAUUUUCAUUCAUGUUUAUAAACUACCUAAAUCUCUAGUUUCGGGUGAAUUCAUUCAUGUUUAGUAUAUUUGUAUUGAUUUCUCUUUCUCUUCAAAAUCAAUACUACUAAAACCUAGAAAUGUCUCAUACACGUUAACAGUUUUAUCCCGCAUUGAAUCAAUUCUUGGUGGACUGAAAAAGUGUGGCUGACAAGCACAUGGGCAUACAUAUAAUUGAUCUUAGAGAGAAUACAAUGCUAUAAAAAAAUGCUAGCUAUUGGUCUAUUUGUGAAAAAGAAGAAACUAGUGGUUAUGACCAAAAGUGUUGAGUACAUGCCGUUAUUCAUAUCUCUUGCCUCUUUUGGUAAUGGUGUGGCUUGGACCACUUAUGCUCUCAUCCGUUUCGACCUAUUCAUCAUGGUCUCAAAUGCGCUUGGAACCUUGUUUUCGGUGGCACGACUAAUUCUAUAUGCAACCUUUUACAAGUCGACAAAGCGGCAGAUAGCGGCAAGGAAAGCAACCAAGGCGGAGGUGGAUCUCUCGCAGGUGGUUGUUGGUAAUGGUGAACAACGAUCCAAACCAAAUAAUUGAUCAUGAUGGAUUAUUGAUGGUUGACAGAACCUUCUACCCUCUCAUCUCAUGAUCAUUGAGAAUGAACUCCUCUAUCUUUUUUUUUUUCAUUUUCCAACUCUGUUAAGAUGUUUCUAUUCUACUUAAGAUGACAUGUCAUCAAUCAUCAUUGCCUGAAGCAAUGUUUGUAAGCACAUACAUGAGUCAUCAUAUAUUAAACUUAUAUAUAUCUUUGUAUUAUCAAUCAGGGAGACUUCACAAAUACAAGGUGUGUGUGUAUAGAAUUUAUGU